GCAGUUGGUGAAACUCCUCUGUCUCCCGCUCAUCUUUUCAUUGCUUGCUCCUCUCCUUCCCGCAGACAACCCGGACCUCCCCUGGGCGCCAGCUCCUCGGCUCCAACCGGUCCAGAAACAAACCGGAUUUUUUUUUUUUUUUUUCCUUCUGGAAAUUGGCUUUGGUGUACGUCGCCCUACCUCCCUCCUUCCUCCCCCUCCCAGCUUUUUUUUUUUUUUUUUUUUUGAGACAUGGCCCGGGCAGUGGCUCCUGGAAGAGGAACAAGUGUGGGAAAAGGGAGAGGAAACCGGAGCUAAAUGACAGGAUGCAGGCGACUUGAGACACAAAAAGAGACGUGUUUCUCUCGAAUCAAGGCAUUGCCUCGCUGCUUUCCUUUCCCCAAGACGGACUGAGGAUUUUACGGCUCUAGGAGGAGUUGGAGCGCUUCGGAUUGUUUAGAUUCCCCUCUUUGCUGUGUUUUCCCCUGCACGUUCUCGUUCUCCCGCGUUUGCCUGGGGAUCCGGCGAAGGGAGGAUGGAGAGGGGGCUGCCGCUCCUCUGCGCAGCGCUUGCCCUCGCCCUCGCCCUGACCAGCGCUUUUCGCAACGAUAAAUGUGGCGGUACUAUAAAAAUUGAAAGCCCGGGGUACCUUACAUCUCCCGGUUAUCCUCAUUCUUAUCACCCGAGUGAAAAAUGUGAAUGGCUGAUUCAGGCACCGGACCAAUACCAGAGAAUUAUGAUCAACUUCAACCCUCACUUCGAUUUGGAGGACAGAGACUGCAAGUAUGACUAUGUGGAAGUCAUUGAUGGAGAAAAUGAAAAUGGACGUCUAUGGGGAAAGUUUUGUGGAAAGAUUGCCCCUUCUCCCGUGGUGUCUUCAGGGCCGUUUCUUUUUAUCAAAUUUGUCUCUGACUAUGAGACGCACGGUGCAGGAUUUUCCAUACGUUAUGAAAUUUUCAAGAGAGGUCCUGAAUGUUCCCAGAACUACACAACAUCUAGUGGAGUGAUAAAGUCCCCUGGAUUCCCUGAAAAAUAUCCAAACGGCCUUGAAUGCACUUAUAUUAUCUUUGCACCAAAGAUGUCCGAGAUUAUCCUGGAAUUUGAAAGCUUUGACCUAGAGCCUGACUCAAAUCCUCCAGGGGGGAUGUUCUGUCGCUAUGACCGACUAGAAAUCUGGGAUGGAUUCCCUGAUGUUGGCCCUCACAUUGGGCGUUACUGUGGACAGAAAACACCAGGUCGGAUUCGUUCCUCAUCGGGCAUUCUAUCCAUGGUUUUUUAUACUGACAGUGCAAUAGCAAAAGAAGGCUUCUCAGCAAACUACAGUGUCUUGCAGAGCAGUGUCUCAGAAGAUUUCAAAUGUAUGGAAGCUCUAGGCAUGGAAUCAGGAGAGAUCCAUUCUGACCAAAUCACAGCUUCUUCCCAGUAUAGCACCAACUGGUCUGCAGAGCGCUCCCGCCUGAACUACCCUGAGAAUGGGUGGACUCCUGGGGAAGAUUCCUACAGAGAGUGGAUACAGGUAGACUUGGGCCUCCUGCGCUUUGUCACUGCUGUCGGCACACAAGGUGCCAUUUCAAAAGAAACCAAGAAGAAAUAUUACGUCAAAACCUACAGAAUAGACAUUAGCUCCAACGGGGAAGACUGGAUCACCAUAAAAGAAGGAAAUAAACCUGUUAUCUUUCAGGGAAACACCAAUCCCACCGACGUUGCUCUUGGAAUUCUUCCCAAACCACUGAUCACACGAUUUGUUCGAAUCAAACCCAUGACUUGGGAAACUGGCAUAUCUAUGAGAUUUGAAGUAUAUGGCUGCAAGAUAACAGAUUAUCCUUGCUCUGGAAUGCUGGGCAUGGUGUCUGGACUCAUCUCAGACUCCCAGAUUGCAGCAUCCAACCAAGGGGAGAGAAACUGGAUGCCCGAAAACAUCCGUCUGGUCACCAGUCGCUCCGGCUGGGCACUGCCGCCUGCACCCCACCCCUACGUCAAUGAGUGGCUCCAGGUGGACCUGGGGGAGGAGAAGAUUGUGAGGGGCAUCAUCAUUCAGGGUGGGAAGCACCGAGAGAACAAGGUGUUCAUGAGGAAGUUCAAGAUAGGGUACAGCAACAAUGGCUCCGACUGGAAGAUGAUCAUGGACGAGAGCAAGCGCAAGCCCAAGUCUUUUGAAGGCAACAACAACUACGACACACCUGAGCUACGGACUUUUCCACCUCUUUCCACACGAUUCAUCAGAAUCUACCCCGAGAGAGCCACUCAUGGCGGACUAGGGCUAAGAAUGGAGCUGCUGGGCUGUGAAGUAGAAGCACCUACAGCUGGACCAACCACUCCCAAUGGGAACCCAGUGGAUGAAUGUGAUGACGACCAGGCCAACUGCCACAGCGGAACAGGUGAUGACUUCCAGCUCACAGGUGGUACCACUGUGUUGACCACAGAAAAGCCGACAGUAAUAGACAGCACGAUACAAUCAGAGUUUCCAACAUAUGGUUUUAACUGUGAGUUUGGCUGGGGCUCUCACAAGACAUUCUGUCACUGGGAACAUGACAAUCACGUACAGCUCAAGUGGAGUGUCCUCACCAGCAAAACAGGACCCAUUCAGGAUCAUACAGGAGAUGGCAACUUCAUCUAUUCCCAAGCUGAUGAAAAUCAGAAGGGCAAAGUGGCCCGCCUGGUGAGCCCUGUGGUCUAUUCCCAGAACUCUGCCCACUGCAUGACCUUCUGGUAUCACAUGUCUGGUUCCCACGUGGGCACCCUUCGGGUCAAACUGCGCUACAAGAAGCCAGAGGAGUAUGAUCAGCUAGUCUGGAUGGCCAUUGGGCACCAAGGAGACCACUGGAAGGAAGGGCGUGUCUUGCUCCACAAGUCUCUGAAACUCUAUCAGGUGAUUUUUGAGGGCGAAAUCGGAAAAGGAAAUCUCGGCGGGAUUGCCGUGGAUGACAUUAGCAUUAAUAACCACAUUUCACAAGAGGACUGUGCAAAACCAGCAGACCCGGAUAAAAAGAACACAGAAAUUAAAAUUGAUGAAACAGGCAGCACCCCAGGAUACGAAGGCGAGGGAGAAAGCGACAAGAACAUCUCUAGGAAGCCGGGCAAUGUGCUGAAGACCUUGGAUCCCAUCCUUAUCACCAUCAUAGCUAUGAGUGCCCUGGGGGUCCUCUUGGGUGCUGUCUGUGGGGUCGUGCUGUACUGUGCUUGUUGGCACAAUGGGAUGUCAGAAAGAAACUUGUCGGCCCUGGAGAACUAUAACUUUGAACUCGUGGAUGGUGUGAAGUUGAAAAAAGACAAACUGAAUACACAGAGUACAUAUUCAGAGGCAUGAAGGCAGACGGAGGUGAAAAGACAAGUCGGAGAAUCCAAGUGGAAGGACUUACUUUGAGCGUGCUGGGGAACUGUUGAUCUGCUUUCACUGUACAGGCUGGGAAGUGCGUUGAUGACACUGAGCCAGGCUUUUCUCAGGAGCUUCAAUGAGUAUGGCCGACAGACAUGAACAAGUGAGCUGUGUUAACAAUCGGAAUCAUGUACAGUCAGCUUUCUUCUGUUGGUUUAAUUUGAAUGAUCAGAUGCUGGUGUUGAGACCAAGUAUGAUUGACUUAAUGAUUCAUUUCUACUCCCCCUUCUCCCUUCUCUCUCUCUCUCUCCUCUUCCUUUGAUGGAUUCUUUUCAGAAACUGUGCAAAAUCCAAGAUGCUGGCACCAAGUGUAUUCAGUGGGGCCCUUUUGAUGGACAUGCUACCUUUACCCCAGUGUCCAGAAUAUAUUAGCAUAACUGCAUUUCGGUGGACUCCUGAAGUUGUUCUUGUGUAUAAUUGCCCACAUCGUGCAUAGGCAAAGAAGGAUUAGGGUGUUUUCUUUUGAAAGUACUGUAGCCUCAGUACCGAUAUAGUGUGUCAGCUCUGUUUACGAAGCAAUACCGUCAAAUUUUCUUGAUGUUUUCCAGUGUUGUACUAAGUCUCGUGCUCGUGAACUCCAAACAGGAAACCGUGCCAUCACCAAACACUGCUGGCAACUGGGUGUACUGCUGACAACCGCGACAAAAAUCCUUGGCACUGGCUAGUCGAUGUCCUCUCAAGUGCCUUUCUGUUUGUACUGGUUCAUUGUGUUACAUUAACGACCCACUCUGUUUCUCACUGGUGAAAGCCCUACCCUUUAAUCAAACCUGGUGGCCCACUGACCAAGAAGAAAGUAUAUUUUAGUGUGAGACGUCAGCCCCCCGGGAAGGCAAGGGCUCUGAAGAUUUGGCAACGUGGCUUAAUUGUUCUGCUUUGUCUGUAGUUCAAUUCCAUGUCUCUUGACCCUUUUGUAUAAAGCUGCAAUAUUCUCUCUUAUUGUUCUUUCAUAUGGAAUGUAUUUUCAAAUGUAAACUCUUUGCUCUUUCUCUCCUCUUGUCUUUUUUUCUCUCCUAGAAUUUAAGCAUUUGCCAUUGUCCAGAAAAGAAACUUGCAGCUUUAACCUGCUGGUAAUGGCAAACAAUUUUACUAGACUUUAUGUUUAAAAAUAAAUAAAUAAGGGAAAUUCCUAACUUUGCCCUCCAAAGUCUAACUUUGGUUUUCUCGUUAACUGGUUAAAGUGACAGUAUCUUUUUUCCUUAAGCCAUUUGUCUGUCUAUUCUGAUCAGAAUGAGGUUUGAUAGAAUGUUUGUAUUUAAUGGAAGAUAGUGAUAAAUUGAGGGAGGAAAUAAUACUAAUUGGCUUUCAAAUGAGACCUAAAGGAAGGACUGAAAUAAAAUCUUCCAAAUAUCUAAAAAAAAACAUGAAAUUUUUACAUCCAAAUAUGCAAGAAUGAUCCUGUGAACCUUCUUGUUUUGAUAUUGAGUCAGUCAAGGGAAGUGGAAAAGAGAACAGUUAAUUUAAGAAAGAAACUAUAAAUCUUGUUGUCUGGGGGCAGAGUAUUUUAAGAUAAGGGGGUGGGGGUGGGGGGACCUAAAGUCAAAACAAAUGUUUGACAAAAACCAAUCCGAAGCAACUCUAAAAAAAUCGACUUGAAUGAAUGCUUCUAGAAACUUCCAGUGGCUCAUAAAGAAAAAGCCUGCCUAGGGCUGGCAAGACCUAAGCCCCUAACAACACAAAGAAAUAAAUAUCUCAUAGGCAGCAUGUUAAUGAACCAAAAGAUAAUUUGGUUGUUUUGGUGUGUUUUUUGUCACACCAUGUGUGGAUAAGAAUUUUUAGAUCUUUCUCCUUUCCUGCAGGAAUGUUACUGCAGGGCUCAUUCAGAUACAUUUGUUGGGAGUCGCAUUUGCAUUGUGGACGCCACAGUCCCAUUCAUCUUGUUUUAAUGGGAUGGAGAAUGCCUUUUGGUUCCAGGAAAGUAUCGAUCACCGGGAAAGAAGAAUAGUUUUUUUGUUCCCAGAGGCAUUCAUUCAGUUGUUAUAAUCAUACUAGGAGAAAAGCAUUAAGUAAGACUUGAUUUUGUUUUUAAGGCAACAGACUUCAAAGUUGUCCUCAGCCAAGGAAAAAUGAUACUGCAACUUUAAAUUUUAAAGUAUCUUGCACUGAUAAAUAUAUUUAAAAAUUAUAUGUUUAUAAAGUUAUUAAUUUGUAAAGGCAGUGUUACAAAAUGUUCAGUUUAUAUUGUUUUAGAUUGUUUCGUAAUUUUUAAAGGUGUAAAAUAACAUAUUUUUUCUUUAUUGAGAUCUAUAAAACUUUCUGUAGUAAAAUGUUUUCAUUUUACUGGUAUAUUAUUGCUUCAUGUUUUGUACCAUCAUAAAACUUUGUGCAAAUUUUUUUUACAGAAAUUUUUAUUUUCUAUGACAAUAUGACACUUGUAAAUUGUUGUUUCAAAAUGAACAGCAAAGCCUUAACUUUAAAUGACAUUUGUAUUCUAAGACUCUGAGUAGCAUAAAAACCACAUAAAACUGAACUGUAACUUAAAUUCCAAACUAUGACUACUACAUUCCAAAGAAACAGUUGAAUUAAACAUUUUCAUAAAAUA